GGGACAAUGAUCACAACGCCUAUUUCCUUUCUUUGAUACAAUCUAAUGCCAAUAAUAGUAAACAAAUUAUGUUAUACUUAAGAAUUUAAGUAUACUUUUCGACAGCUAACUUACACAAAAGAUUAGCUUAUAGUCCCAAAACUCGCCCUGGUACAUGUGGUGGGGGUGGCGUAGCCGUAGGCUUAUUACUCGUCCACAGCGCUGUGCAUGUGCAGCGCAUUUGCAAUGGUAUUGCAUGAAUUUCCAAAAGUGAAGAUAGCCGUUAGUUUUGUUAUAAUGAUCGAGCAAUGUUGGGGGAGAGCUAAAAUUAAAUUUAUGGACUUUGAUUCUUGUGAUUAACGUCAAUAAUUAUAAUUUACGUAAUAAAUAAUAUUAAUGUCAUUAAAAUGAUUUUAUAAUUUUAUUUUCAUUCAUUUUGUAUUAAUUUAUUUACCAGGUAGUAGACCGGCAACACGAUACAAUUAAACGUAGCUAACUUCGCUUCGGACGUAGCUAGUGUUCGGAUUGUGUGUACACAAUCAUGUCGGUCGCGGGCGGCUACAAAGACCUUCUUAAGCCGAAGAAAAAAUACAAGAAACUUAGCAGGAAGGACAAACUUGAUAAUGCAAGAGAGAGGGUGGUUAGGAAGUUGGGGGAGGAGAAGAUUGAGGAAAUUGUGAAUACCUUUUCAAAGGCUGACGGCACUGCAAACAAGGCGAGAGCCGAUGGCAUGAUUUUGACAAUGCUCGCGCAGGGGCUGUCGCAAAUCGAAGUGAUUUCUAUUCUGCCUGUUGGCGGAUAUCGGGUUUCGCGACUUUCCAGGUUCGAUCCAGAGGAAGAGGAGGGAAAGACAAGGAAAAUUCCGUGGCAUGCAGCUACAGACGAAGAUAAGGAAGCUAUCAAGAAGCAGAUCGACUCCUGGGACAUAGAACCAGGCUACCCUUGUGCCCACCGCAAACCCUUGGAAUACAUUGAAGCAGGGAAGGAAUGGCAGGCUCUCUACGCAGAAUACAAAGAAGAGAGAUGCAUGAGUGGAAACAGAGUGUUGAGCCUAGUCCGAUGGAGGGAGUAUGUGCGGGCCUUUAGGCCCAGGCUUAGGUUGAAGCAUGCGACAACAGACUUGUGUAACUGCUGUUAUAAGAUUGACCUCGAGCUUAAAGAUCCUGCCAUAUCUGAUGAACGCAAGGCUGAGCUGAAGCUCCAGAAAGAAACACAUCUUGAGGAUGCGAUUACUCAGCGGCGGGCUAUGAAUAAAGCUGUAGCUCAAUACCAGAAGGCAUGGGCCCCAAAUGACCAUGCAGUUGAAGAAGUGCUAUCACUAGUGAUAGAUCCAGAUGAGCCUGGAAAUGAAGACACAAACCAGCCUGAGAUACCAGCUGAGAUUGAUGAGGGAGAUGCAAGCUCUGAGGCAAACGGGCAUCCAUCUUCUAUUACCACCAACACCAACCCCAAUGACCAAGCCUCAACAACAAAGGAUGAAGCAAGAAAGAUUGUUGUUCUCUGUGAAGACUAUGGACAAGCCAUAGCCUUGCCAUCAUACAAGCUAUCAAGACCUAAUGUGGACUACUUUAACUCUGACCUGCACAUCCAAAUGUUCAAUAUCUGUGAUGUCACCCAGAAGAAGAAUGCAAUCUUGCUGUACGAUGAGAGAACAGCAGGGAAGGAUGGCAAUGCUACAUGUUCGUUGCGCUGGUACUACCACUGCAAAUUUCUACAGAACUUGCUGCAGAAGGGCAUUUCUCCUCCUACCAUGGCCAUUAAAGUAUUGGACAAUUGUGUUGGACAAAAUAAGUCUCAGUGUACAUUGAUGUUUGAUUGUCUUCUGAGCCUCCUCUUGUAUGAUCGGGUUGCAAACUUUUAUUUGCUUCCUGGACACAGCCACAUGAAACCAGACCAGGUCGUAUCUUCCUGCAAGCGAGCUCUCAACAAGAAGAACCUUUACAUCCCAGAUCAGGUAGUUGAUGCCUUCAACACAGUAUCUGGAAUGCACGCUGAGUUCUUCAUCCCUGAGAAAAAGGUCUUCCGUGACUGGGACCGUUUGUUGAAGAAGUAUCUGAAACCUCUCCCUACCGGAUUCACAGAAAACUACUGCUUUGAGGUGGCCAAUGGAGCAGUAGUGUACAAGCCAUUGGUGUCAUCUCCAGAUGAAGACGGUUUGGAGCACAUCUUCUGCACUAAUGUGGCUGCAACUCGUAAGGCAAUUCUUGCUGAUGUCCUAGGAUUGCCAUCCACAGCAGAGCUGGCAGAUAUUGUUAGCAGAGUUCCCAAGCUGCCCGUGCUGGAGGAAAGACCUGUUACAAAGUCCAAAGAGAAGUCAAUCUCCAAGAAGUUGUCAUGCAUCCCUGCACAAUACAGGGCAUACUACCCCGGUGCUAAUGUGAGCCAAGAUUCUAAUGAUCCAAUUGACACAGAACAGGAAGCCCCACCAGUUACGAGAAAGAAGCCGGUGGGACGACCCAAGAAGUCAAGUUCUGUAGAGAGUACUGGAGGGGUGCAGAAGAGUAUUGUGCGAUUUAUGAUCGCUUCAGAGCACUGAAAGGGAUGGACAUAGGCCCGAAUUCACAAAGGUGGUAACCCACGGUUGAGUCCAUGGAUUAUGUAGAUUUCCUGUAUAAAUUGCGCUUA